AUGUUCAGUUAUGUGGUUUUCCUGUUGUUAGCCGUAGUGUCGGUGUCGGCAAGGGCAAUGGAUUUAUCACUACCACGUAGCCUCCUGCAAUUCCUCCCACAUAUGCCAUCCAGCACCGUCCAAUGCUCCUUUUCUCCACCAUCUGCUCCUCUAUCACCAGCGAAAACUUACGCACAAGUCCCCGCCGCUGCCUGGCCAGUGAUCUCCAAGCUCCUCCACAGCAGCCUUGUCGCCAACUCCCAGGCUAACGCAUAUGCGGUCCAAACCUUCAACUUAGGUUCCGAACCCCAAGGCGAGGAUUUUGAAGGGGUUAUGCUUAGUGUCAUGUAUGGGGCUAUGCCUCCCACCUACGUGAGGGUUGAGACAGAAGAGGGCGAGAGGGUUGAACUCAAGAGACGAGAAAUUCCCGUCGGCGACGUGGAUAUGCAGGAAUGCCUUAGUCAGGCUGCUCAAGGUGUGGAGAAGGUGAAGAUGAUGGAAGGCUCUAUGGAAGUCGAUAGGCCCAAUGCCCCUACUGGGAUGGUAAACUUUUUGGUAUACCGGGUCGAUUGA